GCGCAAUUCUGUGGGGGAGUUGGGGUGCACAAGUAGACCUCGCCCAUCACGAAUUCUCACUCACUCACUCACUCGCGAGCUCACUCUCACUCACUCACUGCUCUCUCGUCUGCUCUGUGCAUCUCGCUUCAUUCUCAUCGCCCCCUUUCGUUGCACCUCAUUUGGUUGCUUUUCUGUUUCGUGAGGUACGGUUGUGUCUUAUUCUGUUAGCGAGGUUUCGUGGGUUGUUGUUGUUGUUAGUGGUAGCGAAGAUGACUUCUCUCAACGAGCUGUUGAACUUGUCUCUGGAGGAGACCACCCAGGAGAUUAUUGCUGAGUACAUUUGGAUCGGUGGGUCGGGAACCGACUUGCGAUCCAAGGCCAGGACGCUGCCGAAGCCUGUGAGCGACCCGAAGCUGCUGCCGAAGUGGAAUUACGAUGGGUCGAGCACUGGGCAGGCGCCGGGUGAGGACAGCGAGGUGAUUCUGUACCCGCAGGCGAUCUUCCGGGACCCGUUCCGCAGGGGGAACAACAUUCUGGUGAUCUGUGACGCGUACACGCCCCAGGGCGUGCCCAUCCCCACCAACAAGCGCGCUGCUGCUGCGGAGGUUUUCGCCACGAAGGAGGUGGCGGAGGAGGAGACAUGGUAUGGUUUAGAGCAGGAGUACACCCUGUUGCAGAAGGAAGUGAAGUGGCCCCUGGGAUGGCCCGUGGGCGGUUACCCGGGUCCCCAGGGACCAUACUACUGCGGAACCGGAGCUGACAAGGCCUGGGGACGUGACAUCGUGAACGCCCAUUACAAGGCUUGCCUGUACGCCGGCAUCCAGAUCAGUGGCAUCAACGGAGAGGUGAUGCCCGGGCAGUGGGAGUUCCAGGUGGGGCCUUCGAAGGGCAUCGCUGCUGCGGACCAGUUGUGGGCUGCGCGAUACAUUUUGGAGAGGAUCACCGAGAUUGCGGGAGUGGUGCUGUCGCUGGACCCGAAGCCCAUCGAAGGAGACUGGAACGGCGCGGGAUGCCACACCAACUACAGCACGAAAUCGAUGCGUGAGGAGGGAGGAUACGAGGUGAUCAAGAAGGCCAUCGAGAAGUUGGGAUUGAGGCACAGGGAGCACAUUGCCUCUUACGGCGAGGGCAACGAGCGGAGGUUGACUGGAAAGCACGAGACCGCGGACAUGAACACGUUCUCGUGGGGAGUGGCGAACAGGGGAGCAUCAGUGCGUGUGGGGCGUGACACGGAGAAGGACGGCAAGGGGUACUUCGAGGACAGGAGGCCGGCGUCGAACAUGGACCCGUACGUGGUGACGGGAAUGAUCGCAUACACGACGAUCUUGUGGAGCCCGGAGGAGCAGAAGUGAAGAAGAGGGGACGGAGGAGUGAGUGAGCGUGAGUGAGUCGGGGACAAAGAAAGGAAGAAAGAAAGCAAGAAUGGUGUGAGGAGGCCAGCGAUGACGAUCGGGGCCUGGAAUUGUAGGAUAGUGAUGGGCAUGUUUGAUAAGGUAAGUGAUCGGCGGUGGUGCCGGGGUGGUGCAAGGUUGGUCGGGCGCAGGGGUAGAGGAAUAUAAUAGCCCCCCUACCCUGCCCUGCCCUGCCGUGGUAGGCAGCGAGCGAUGUGGGCGGAAAGCCCGGCGGUCGCUGGACUCAGUAGGUCGAGUACAACAACAUUAGGCUUCGGUGCGCGGGAACGCAGACAAUUAUAUACAUUCCAGAGGAAGGUCUCUGGUAGAUAGAAGCACAUGAGGAGGUGUCACAUCCAUCUCGGAAGCUGUUUGUCGUAACUAUCGCAAUAAACUUGCUACACCAGAAUUCGAUUUCAUGCA